AUGGAGUCUGGCAGAGAAACUCUGCGUCUCUUCGUCCUGCGACUCCUCGUCGUUUCGCUGCCGGCCUGCAGCGGAGUGUUUGUGAACAGUCCAGAGGCCAAUGGGUUCCUGCGGCGGUCCCGCCGGGCGAACGCCGGGUUGGAGGAGAUGAAGCGAGGAAACCUGGAGCGUGAGUGUCUGGAGGAGAAAUGCUCCUACGAGGAGGCCAGGGAGAUCUUCAUCCUGCCGCAGCAGCUGGAGGCCUUCUGGAGAACAUAUUCAGCGGUGGAUCAUUGUCGGUCUGGUCCCUGUAAGAAUGGAGCGACCUGCACCAACCACAUCGACAGCUUUGUCUGCAUCUGCUGGCCCGGCUACCAUGGACGCACCUGUGACAAAGCCCGGCUGAGCUCCUACGGCUGCCUCUACAGAAACGGAGGAUGUGAACAUUUCUGUAAAGACUUGCCAGGUGUUCCUCAUCACUGCCACUGUGCUCCCGGAUACAGACUCGCUCAGGACAACACCAGCUGUCUGCCACAAGUUCCCAUUCCCUGUGGAAAACCAGUGAACCUGAUGACUCCCAGGAUUGUGAACGGGUACGCCUGUCCCAGAGGACAGUGUCCAUGGCAGGCGCUGCUGGCGGAGGACCAUAACUACAAAUGUGGGGCAAUCCUCCUGUCAGCAGACUGGAUCCUGACGGCGGCUCACUGCGUCUGGGGGAAAACCCCCUCGCAGUUCCACAUCACUGUGGGUGAGCAUGACCGCUCUGAGAAGGAGGGCUCCGAGCAGACGAGGAGGGUCUCCAAAGUCCUGGUGCAUCCGUCCUACAACAACUCCACCUCCGACUGCGACCUGGCGCUGCUGAAGCUCUGCCGCCCGGUGAUUCUUGGACACUUCGCCGUGCCCAUCUGCCUUCCCGCCCUGGACGGGUCCUUCCGGCGGGCGCUGGCAACGGUUCGCCUGUCCACGGUGAGCGGCUGGGGUCACCUGGCGCAGUCCGGGCUCUCGUCCAGGUUUCUGCAGCGGCUGGAAAUCCCCAGGGUCCCGCUGCAGGAGUGUCGUGCUCACACCAAACUCAACAUCACCAGGAACAUGCUCUGUGCCGGCGUGAGGAAGGGCGGCCAGGACGCCUGCCAGGGCGACAGCGGUGGGCCGCUGGUCACGCGCUACAAGAACACGUGGUUCCUGAGCGGCGUGGUGAGCUGGGGGAAAGGCUGUGCCAAGGAAAACCUGUACGGCGUCUACGUCAGAGUCAGCAACUUCCUGGGAUGGAUCAACCGCACCAUGACGACCGGCUGAACUGGCCUCCAG